AUGGAAGAUGCUGGCCAUGAUCUUCGUGGCACAGUUAUCAUUGAUCCACAGGGUAUUGUCCGCCAUGUCCAGAUGAACCAUCCAGAUGUUGGCCGUAAUGUUGAUGAGAUCAUCCGUCUCGUCAAGGCUUACCAGUUCGCUGCUAAGCACGGCGAAGUCUGCCCAGCCAAGUGGCACGAU